UACGCAGCAUUUGCUUCUAAUCCCGCCACGCAAACGCAUUUGGUUCACACACACCACGACCACAAGCCUACACAAGUCAUUUCUCACCGCCCGUUUGACCUAAUGAUGACCGAACGGAAGAGGCGGUCGGACGAGAGUCGGGACUUGGAGGGCCAGCCCCAAGCAACGCUCGCAAAGAAGCGCCAUACGUCAAAGGAGACCGACUUCCAAGCCCUAUCGGCCGAAUUUGACGAGAAUGCACAAAUGCUCGACCUGUUUCAAAAGGAGGCCAUUUGGCGGCAGAUGCAAGAGUACAAGCGCGAUGCCCGCAGAUCUCAGCAGCGCGCUAGCGAUCUCGAACGCCGCCAGGAGCAGUGGACGAUGCGGAUAGGCCGGCUAUGCCAUGCGUGGGACCAGGCUGUCGCCCAGCUUGACACAAUCAUCAACAGCGACACCAGCGAUGGCAGCCUGUCCUCUGCACACCCGUCAGCAGUGGACUCGUGGCUCGGCAUGCUGCUGCCGACCAAAAUCGCCGAGACAGCAGACGAUGGCAUGGCCACGGCUGACAGCAACUCUGCUGUUGAAAAGUCCGAUGUCGUACAAACCAGCUUGCAGCGCUUCAAUAGGGCCGUGCAGACAAUUUUACGCCAGCUUGAAAGCAAGAGCACGUCCCCUGUUGACUGGCAGUCGGCGAUCGAGCGUCUGUCGCGUAUGCGCACCAGCGAGAAAGAGGUAGCUGACCUUCGCUCCCAAGUGGCCCAAUUCUCUCGGCAAAUUGCUGAGGAACGAGAGCAGCUUGAAGCCAGCCAGACCGAGCUACGGCGGGCGCUAAAGAAACUCGACCGCUCGGUCUGUCCAACAGUGCAAGCACUCGACGUGGAGACCCAGCCGCAUCAGCAAAACAGUGGCAGCAGCCCGCAUAGCCACGCUCCUCCGAACACAACAGCGAUUGCCAACGGCGCAGUUUACUCGCGCGCCGGCAGCCCGUCUGCAGCAGGCAGCCCAGCACAGCAGCAAACAGCACAGCAGCAACAGCAGCUGCAACAGCCACAGCAGCCACAGGAAGCCAACGACAAAACCGACUACCGCGAGCUUGCCGAGCGCCGCCUGUCUGAGAUUGAGGAAAAGGUUCGCGAAAACGCCGAGAUUCAGAAGCAACUUGAUGCGCUGCGGCUACAAAUCUCCAACAUCCCCGACCACAUUAUAGCUGAAACCUCACUGUUCAAGCAAGCGGAGGCCAGCCGCGAAUACUACAAUGCAGAGUCGCUACGUCUGCAGGCCGAAGUCGACAGGCUGUUCAAAGAGGUGGCGGAGCUCAAAUCGUCGCGGACAGAGUUUGACAUGUCGCUGCAGGCCGCGGCCAACUCCCAGCGCCAGAUUCUGGAAGCCGAGCUGCAGCGGCUGCAGACCGACCUCGUGCGUGUGCGCAACCACCGCGACCAGGUCCAGCGCGAGCUCGAGUCGCGCCGCGCCCAGGACACGGUGGAGGACCAGAAGAGCACUGAGCUGAAGCUCCUGUCAGACGUACGCCGUGAGCGGAUGAACUCGCUGAUCUCGGAGAACAAGCGUCUGCUGGCGUGCAUUGCGGUGCUCAAGGGCGACCGCAGCGCGUUUGAGACGUAUACGGAUGAGGAGCUGAGCAAAACCACGGCCGUCGCCGACGAGCUGCGGGCCAAGCUGGACCAGGCGCUGCGGCGUGAAAAGCAGCUGUCCGCACAGCUCGCCGCAAGCUCGCAGCCUGACGCAAGCCAGCUUGCAGCCGAUCUGACGCGGGCGCAGGAGACUGCGGACUCGCUGCAGAAGCGGCUGGCCAAGUACGAAUCGAUUCUGGGCGGGGCAUGCGUCGACGAGCACGGCCAGAUGCUGGCAGAGCUGCCUGACAAGGCCGGCGAGCUGGCGCAGAAGCAGAGGCAGGUCGACGAGAUGAUCCUGCAGCGCGACAGCCUGCAGCGCACGUCGGAGAUGAUGGAGCGCGAGCUGCAGACGAUCUGCGACUCGUUCACCAAGCUGGAGAAGCAGAACACCAGCAAGGUCUGGGAGCUGGCCAGCAAGGAGCAGCACAUCUCGCGUGUGGUGGCCGAGAAGUGCAAGUACGAAGAGAAGUUUAUCGGGCUCAACAAGGACCGCGAGGCGCAGAAGCAGGCCAACCAGGCCCUGCGGCACCAGAACCAAAAGCAGCUGGAGCACAUCAAGACCAUCGAGGAGCGCGACCGGGCCAUGGCGCAGGAGCUGUCGCUGGCCAGCGCCGAGACACAGCAGGCGACGCUGGCAUGGCAGGGCUGCCAGACCAAUCUGCAGGAGUCCCAGCGGCGGACACAGGAGCUCGAGGAGCAGGUGCGGGCGCUCGAGGAGAAGCACCGCGUCGCGACGCAGAUGCUGGACGAGCGGACAGACAGCCUGUCGCGGGCUGAGCACGAGCGGCGGCGCGCCGAGGAGGCCCUGGAGCUGGCCAGCAAGCGCGUCAGCGAGGCCGAGAAGAUCACCGACCAGAGCGGGCUGGCGCAGAUGUGCGCCGACUACAAGGCGCUGCUCAAGUGCCCGACAUGCCAGACACACUUCAAGUCGCAUGUCCUGCUGCGCUGCAUGCAUGUGUUUUGCAAGGAAUGCAUCGACUCGCGCAUCGAGACUCGGCAGCGCAAGUGCCCGUCGUGCAGCGAGCCGUUUGGCGCAAAGGAUGUCAGGCAAAUCUAUCUGUGACGAAGAAGCUUUUUUCAG